AUUUCACCCUGAUGAACUUUCAGCGGCUGUAUAAACAAGAUGAAAUAUCAUCUGGAAUUUCCGUAAUUUUAAACACGCAAAACUUAUUCUUGAUAUUUGUCAAUGCAUUCAAACCUACCUUUGAAUUGCUCUUUAGAAAAUAAACUGGAGCACCUUAAUGUCUGUGGAGACUCCCUUGGAUACACUAAUAAUUCCUCUUCACAACACAAGUUAAGGAAUAAUAGUGGGUAUCCGCCAGACACACCACAGAGGUAUGUUAACGACAUGCAAACUGCACGGCAUAAUGCACGGGGAAUGAAUUUUAACACAGAAAGGGGUCCUCUAAGUCCAAGACCUGCUGAAAAUAAUUAUUGUAGAGCAAGCCCUAGUCCAAUGCUUAUGAGUGGACCUAGCACAAUAUUUAGUCCUGUUGGUGGACCUUCAAACUCAUUUGAAAAGAUUCGACAAGACCUUCUUCGUUCGGGCCACUUAUUUUGUGAUUCAUCAUUUCCAGCAGAUGAUUCAAGUCUGUAUUACAGUCAGAGACCACCAUGCCAUAUUGUUUGGAUGCGUCCAAGUGAAAUAGUCGCGGCAAACAGUGGAGGUGGUUCAAUGGGGAUUGCACCAAGGAAGAUUGCUGUUCCAGAAUUCAUCGGAGAAGGUGGUAUAAAACUUAGUGAGCUGAGACAAGGAGAAUUGGGUGACUGUUGGGUUGUUGCCGCACUGGCUGCCAUAGCCAGCCAGCCUAGUCUACUUAGUCGCACCAUUCCUACUGGACAGUCUUUUAGAGUAGAAUGGUAUGCUGGCAUAUUUGCUUUCCGAUUUUGGCGUUUUGGUCGCUGGGAAGAAGUUUACAUUGAUGAUCGUCUUCCAGUCAGACCUGGUGGCCAGCCAUUGUUUGUACAUUCUGGAAGAUUAACUGAGUUUUGGCCAACUUUAUUAGAAAAAGCAUACGCAAAAUUAAAUGGAUCAUAUGAAGCUUUAAAUGUUGGACUCGUUGGAGAUGCAAUGGAUGACUUGACUGGUGGUUUGACAGAAUCAUAUACACUACCAGGUGCAGAAGAUCAAGGCCUUCAACCACCAUCCGAUUUGGAUGAUAUUUUAAUCAAGUCAUUUGAUCGUCGUAGUUUAAUUACAGCGAGAAUAAAAACUAAAGGUGUACCUGGUCCAGGUUUUGUAAUACCAGUGGGAUUUGUUCCUGGUCAAGCGUUUGGUUUAACCGACUGUCGAAAACUUCGGCUUACAGAUGCAUCAGGAAGCCGAUUAAUACGUUUAGUCCGUCUACGAAAUUUAUGGCCUUCUGUUCGAGUUGACUGGACAGGUGCAUGGUCUGAAGGUUCAACUGAAUGGCUUAGUCUACCUCCACAAGAUCGUUUAAAAGUUGGUUUAGUAAAAGCUCAAGAAGAGUUUUGGAUGUCUCUUGAGGAUUUUAUUGCCAACUUCGAUUAUCUAGAUAUUUGUCAUCUUACAGAACCACCUCCAGUGACUGCUAAAUCUACAGGGGCUUAUCAUCCUCCUCACCAGUUUCCAUCAGUUCACUUACGUGGUCGAUGGCUUCGAGGUGUAUCUUGUGGUGGUCGUCCAUAUAUUCGUUCAAGUCAUUGGGCUAAUCCUCAAUUUCGAUUGGUAAUUAAUUCUCCCGAUCCGAAUGAUCCUGAUGGUUUCGCGACUACAGUUAUUGCUCUUAUGCAGUCAGACCGUCGUCGAUUACGUCAUCGGGCUCCAAGGCUGGCUUCUAUAGGAUUUGUUUUAUAUCGACUUCCAGCAGGUGCUAAUCCACCAAUGUCACGUGGAUUUUUCGAAACUAAUCAUCAUAUAGCCAGUGUGGAUUUCUUCUUCGACUCUCGGGAAGUUGUUAAACGAUUAAAAUUAUCACCUGGUCAUUAUCUACUUGUCCCUUGUACGUAUGCAGCUGAUCAACCAGGUGAAUUUUUAUUACGCCUAUUAUUUGAUCAUCCAGAUAGGAUUUGCGAAUCCACUCUAGAACGAGUUGAACUCAGUGGUCUAGCUGCCACUGGACCAGAACCUGAUCCUAAUUAUGAAUUGUUUCAACCUCGUCUUAGACGGUUAUUUUAUGAAGCUUCAGGUGAAUCGAUGGCUAUUGAUGCAUUCCAGUUAGAACCAAUUCUUAAUUGCCUUCUGAGAGAUGAUCAUCGAGCUCCAUACAAUAUGGUAAGUACAGAUGCUUGUCGGUCACUAGUAGCACUUCUUGAUCGUGAUGGAACAGGACGUUUAUGUGAAUCUGAUUUUCGACGUGUAUGGGAUAUACUUCGUUCAUGGUCUCGUUUAUUCGCAAGUUUUGAUCCACAGAGAACAGCUCAUGUCACAAGUUUAGAUUUUCGAAUUAUUGUUGAACAAGCAGGUUAUACCCUCCCACAUACUCUGUUUUCAAAACUUGUAAAUCGAUUUGUGAAUGUCGAUUGGCGCUUAGACUAUCCACAUUUUAUUAGCGCUAUGGCUCUUAUCACCAAAGCAGUUGCUAUUUUUAAGAAUUAUGAUCAUGGUGGAAGAGCUAUACUACCUUUAGAACAGUUUGUGGAAGUUGCUCUGACAAUGUGAUUGGAAAAAUUUGUAAAGCGGCAUAUAUACAUAUAUAUUUCACAUAUGUAUUUCCUGUAAAUAUGUUAAUAAAUAAUUCAAGAACUAUACUAUUUCAAAUGAUUAGAUAACCUAUAUACUUCUUAAUUCACUUAUAAGAUCUUCACAAAAAGCAGAACUGUAAUGCAAUAAACAGAAUCUUAAUUCUUCCAAACAAGUACAUGUUGAGCAGUUUUGAGAGUGCUUUGUGAAUGUGUGUUCAACCUUUCUUCUUUCUUUCCAAAAUAUCAAUGAUGUUCUUAGCUUCCAGCUUUUUAUUUGCCUAAAAUUCUUUUUCUUAAUUUAAUUUUAAUUAUGUGAUUACACUGUCAGUGUAAUUAAACAUUAUUGUUAUAAGCGUCAAUGUAAAUAACUAUGAGGACCAAUGAUUCGUUAUACAAUACUUGCCUAUUAACUUUCGUAUUUUUAAAAAACUGCUGCUGUGAAAUACAGAAAAGAAAAUAAUUAUUUUUUAAAUUAUUUAUUAUUUAUUUACUUAUUUACUCAUCUUUUUAUCAUAUAGACUUUAUAUAUUUUAAUUUCAAAUUGAUUUAAAGGUAUGUAAGUUGUAUAAUUACAGAUGUGCACGAAAACACAUACUUAUACUGUGCGUUGACCAGAGUAGUUAAGGUCAACAGCGGACAGUUUGUUUUUGUGUCCUUUGCCUUCCGCUUCCUUUUCUUUUCUUUACUCUGUCUCUCUUUAUCUACUCUUUUCAAUAUUUUUUUUAUUUCAUAAUGCGAAUGACUGUUAUUUAUAAACACACCUAUAUAUAUAUAUAUAUAUAAAUGA